AUGGAGCCUUACAGGAUACUGUUUUCUUUUGUAUUUUGUGUUUAUGGUGUCGGUUUUACCUCUGGUUUGUUUUUCCCUUCUUCUGAAACUGGGUUAGAUGCUGUAAAUAAAGCGACAAGAUGGAAUAUACCAUGGUUGGGAUUUGGAAUGUGGUGCAACGGUUGUCCACCCAGGAGUUGUGAGGAUGACGAAGCAAUCAUACAUGGUUACUGUUGCGGGUGUGCGUAUUCUUCAGAUAGAUUACCAGUAAUCUGUCCAGAAUUCCUACAAUGUCCAUUAAAUCUUCAUGGACUCUGCCACGACUAUGAAUAUAUGAUGAGGUGCUGCUGUUAA